AUGCAGUCCACCCUGAUCACUUGCACCGCCUACGAGUAUAUCCCGUCGACAGAUCUUAUUUGCGAUAACAACCAGGCGGCUCCGGCUCAAUACCAGGAAAUGUUCGCAGGAGCUACCAAGGCGCAUGUCGACCGCUGCAGUGCGGGACACUCGCCAAUGCUGAGCCAGCCGGAAAUGUUGGCAGAGAAGAUGAUGGCGGUGACCGACAGAGUAGCAACGAUUUUAGACAUCAAAGAAAUAGGAUACCUAGGGGAAGGGGGAAGAGUCAUGCAAGUUGGAGCUUCCCUUUCCGGCCUCUUACAUGAUAUCGCUUUGCACCGUGUAGGGUGCUGCGUGCAUAUCCUGGAAAAGCCCCCCAGUAGCGCUCCAGUCUCUCAUAUGGCAGGGCUCGCCUUGGGGCCCGAUGUUCUCCACUUCCUCAGCCGGUUCGACCGGGUUAAGGGCACAGUCAGCCCUGGAAUUCCCUCGGUACUGCUGCAAUCGCUGGAUUCCAAUAAUGGCUAA